CUUUGUCAUACUCCGGCAUCAAAACCCUACAUCGUCACUUCCAUUUUGCAGCUGCUCCCCUUGCCGUCACCCCCUAAAACCCUAACCCUACACUCUCAGCUUCUGUCAGUUAUGGGUCGCGUUAUUCGCGCCCAAAGAAAGGGUGCCGGCUCUGUAUUCAAGUCGCACACCCACCACCGCAAGGGUCCCGCCCGUUUCCGUUCCCUCGACUUCGGCGAGCGAAACGGUUACCUGAGGGGUGUUGUCACUGAGAUUAUCCACGAUCCAGGUCGCGGUGCCCCUCUUGCUCGUGUUGUGUUUCGCCACCCAUUCCGUUACAAGCAUCAGAAGGAGCUCUUCGUCGCCGCUGAGGGUAUGUACACUGGCCAAUUCAUCUACUGUGGCAAGAAGGCUAACUUGAUGGUUGGAAAUGUUCUACCUCUCAGAGCUAUUCCUGAGGGUGCCGUCGUCUGUAAUGUUGAGCACCAUGUUGGUGACCGUGGCGUUUUGGCUAGGGCUUCUGGUGACUAUGCUAUUGUUAUCAGUCACAACCCUGAUAAUGGAACUACCAGAGUCAAGCUUCCUUCUGGAGCAAAGAAGAUUGUGCCAAGUGGGUGCAGAGCCAUGAUUGGUCAGGUUGCAGGUGGUGGCAGGACUGAGAAGCCGUUGCUGAAGGCAGGUAAUGCUUAUCACAAAUACCGUGUGAAGAGGAACUGCUGGCCUAAGGUUCGUGGUGUCGCCAUGAAUCCCGUUGAGCAUCCCCAUGGUGGUGGUAACCACCAGCAUAUUGGGCAUGCCUCUACUGUUUGCCGUCAUGCUCCGCCAGGUCAAAAGGUGGGUCUCAUUGCUGCCAGAAGAACAGGUCGUCUUCGGGGACAAGCUGCGGCUGCUGCUUCAAAAUCAGACAAGGCUUAAAUUGUUUUGCUAUUUUGAUUAUUUAUUUUUGCAUACCAUGUUAUUUUUGACUCUUGCAAGUGGAGCACUAUUUUGUUCCUAUUGAGGUUAUUGUUUCCAAGUAUAGGACUGAUGCUUGGAUUUAAUGCUUAUUUUUUACAAUAGAUUACUUUAAAAUUACCCGGUUUUAUCCUCCCCUAA